GUCUCGUCUACUUUGCUUGUCUACGUUUGUGUGGUGUUUUAUUUAUGGUAUCCAUCACUGGUUCAUUCGUUGAAUUCUUUCGGAGGUGCUUUUUAUAAUUUUACUUGUAAGCUGUUGCCUUCGUAGAGAGUGUGUGAAAUAAAACUUGUUAUUUUAUGUCAAUGUAAUCUUCUGUAAAAAACGGACAUAAUUGAUGUGGUUUGAAGUUUGAAAUUGGAGAAUUUGUAUCGACGUUCAGCAGAUCAUGUCGCCAUUUUGUUAAGUCUCAUCGUAAGUUAUUCGAUAAGAUAAGUUUCAGUUUUAGUCAAUUGAAGAAGUUUAUACCGUCAGUUAAUCACAAUGGCUGAUAAUAGUUCGAAAGAACCACCUAUACAAACUGUCAGUGGUUUGCCGCCUAAUCAUAAUCCCUGGAUGUAUGGCAUUUACCAUCAAUACAGUGCAUAUCCUGGUGGUAUGUAUCCACCGUACUACAACCAGUAUUUCAAUCAAAUGGGAAACAAUGGAGGAUUUCAGAACAAUUCUCAUCAAUUCCAUCAAAACAAGGAUCAGAAAAACGAAGUAGUUCAUCAUCAGUUUACUAAACCGCCGCCAACUCCUUUACUUGGAAUGUCUCCUCUAGAUACCAAUCGCCCAUUUUUUAACCAACCGCCUAUAAGGUUUAAUCUUAACAAUACCAAGAAACCAGCACCCAUACCUCUUAAUGAAAAUCCACUUCUUGUAAAUAAUAAUGGUCCAACCAAAAAGAAACGCAAGAAGGGGAACAGCAAAUUUAGUGAUGAUCAAACAGAUUCUUUGUAUGACAUGCUGCCUCCACUUCCAGAUCACCCUCCUCCACUACCCCCUCUUCCUCCUCCAGAUAUCCCCAAACCCCCGCCCCCCCCUCUUGAUGUCCCUCUGCCGCCUCCUUUGGCCACUGAGGACAUACCUCAACCACCAGAACCAGAAGAGGCUAAUGUCUCAAAUGAUAAAGCUGAGGAUGAUGAAAAUAAAAUCCAAAACACAAAUUCUUCUAACUUUUUUAAAUCUGCAUCAAUUCCUACUGCAGGCACUUGGCCUGAAAGCUUGGAGAGAUAUAUAAAAAGAUGUUAUGAAAAAUGUAAAUCUGGUUUUGAUAGAGAUCAAAUUGACAUAUGUCUUAAAGGAAGAAUUACAGCUGCUGCGAAUAAAGAUGAAAUAUGGACAAGAAAUUGGGAUGAAGAACCUAUUCCAAGUGUCCACAGUGAGCGCAAUAAUUUGGCAGUUAAACCAGUUCGUGGUACUUUAGGGCUGUAUCAAAAGUUAGAAAAUAUGGUAGAGCCUCAAAAAAACAGAGGUCCAUUGAACAGUAGGGGAUUUACAGGCCAUAAGAAUUCACCACAAAGACGCAGACGCCUUAGUUCUAGGAGUCGAUCAAAGUCCAGAAGUCCUCCUAGGAAGAGAUUGAGCGCUUCUUCUGCUUCUGGUGAUGAGGUUGAAGAUAAAAAACAUAAGGGUAAAGGACGACAAAAAGUUAAGGAUAGGUUAUCUUUAGAUCAAAAAAAAACUGAUAAAUAUCAAAAGAACAGUAAUAAAAAGAAAAAUUCUUUGGAUCAAUUUGUUGUUGAAGAUUUUCAGGGGAAUGCAGAAAAAUUGCUCAAAAGAGCUGAACGAUUUGGAAACACGGGUAAUGUACCAUCAAUAGCAAGCUCUUUGCAGGGUGGAACUAAGAAGCAGGAACCAUCAGUAAGAAAACCAAUAAUUCAAGAUACAGAAGGUGAUUAUGAAGUUAACAAUAUGCAUAUAGUAGGAACAUGCUCAGACAUAGAAAAGUCAUUCUUGCGAUUAACCAAGGCACCUGAAGCAUGUGAAGUAAGACCUGUACUUGUAUUGAAGAAUUCACUUAAAAAUGUAAAAGACAGAUGGGUCACCAAACAGGAUUAUAGAUAUACUUGUGACCAGUUGAAAUCAAUUAGGCAAGAUUUAACAGUUCAAGGGGUGCGUGAUAAGUUUACUGUUGAAGUUUAUGAGACUCAUGCAAGAAUUGCUUUAGAAAAUGGAGAUCAUGAAGAAUUCAAUCAGUGCCAAACACAGCUUAAAAUGCUCUAUGGUGAACUGCCUGAUUGCAGAACUAAUUCUGCAGAAUUUACAGCAUACAGAAUACUGUACUACAUUUUCACCAAGAAUACAUUAGAUCUAACUACAAUAUUUCAGUUUCUUUCUAAAGAGGACAGAGAAACUGAAUGUGUCAAGCAUGCACUUCAAACAAGAUGUGCCUGGGCCACUGGCAAUAUGCACAAAUUUUUCAUACUCUACAAAUCAGCCCCAUUGAUGGCAGGGUAUCUAAUGGACUGGUUUGUUGAGCGCGAAAGGAAACAGUACCUGAAAUACAUCAUUAAGUCCUACAGACAGACUGUUCCUGUGGACUUCAUCAUUCGAGAGCUGGCGUUUGAUUCAAGUUCUAAGGGUUUUGAAUUCCUAAAUCAAUUCCCUCUUUCGUAUGCUGGCUGUGGUCAAUCUCAGUUAGAUUGCAAGGCCAGUCUUCCUGCUGUUGGGAGUAUAUAACAUUUCCUUUUUGAUAGCCGUCCUGUUAUUGUAGCGUGUUGUUGCGUGGUAAUGUAACGGCCACGAAGCUGCAGGUGUACAGCAUGCAGAUUUGCUGGGUGCAAUAGUCAGCCGAAUCGUCAUCAUCACUCAACAUAUUUUACAUCUUAAUUUUACAUGCUUUGCUAGGAUGAGGCAAAUGACAUAUUGCAAAUUCCGUUGUGCAGCCGAAGAGGAUUAUUACUACAUUGAAGAAUUUACAAGCUACAAAAGGAUGCGCGUUAUUGGUUAAAACAAACAUUUUUAGUGUUAAUAGUGAAUAAAAGACUAGCAAUGGACUUCAUACAAGUUACUGAAAAAGGAACUAAGUGUUAAUACUUGUUUUUAUCCUAAAAAGUUAUUUAAUAUUUGUAAAUACGUAUUGUAAUUUUAUGAUUGUCUAUAUCACGUUCAGUCGUAAUAAUUAUGAAAUAAUUAAAGCACGCAUUAUUUUAGAGUUAGUGAAUAAAUGAAUCUCGUUUUA